AUGAACCCCUUAUAUGAAACUGAGGAAGAACUGUUCUUAGGAACAUGCGACAGUAGAGCUGUUGGUGGAGCUGGCGUCCUCGUCAACUCGAGUAUGGCAAAGAACAUCGACUCUUUCGAACAACAUACAACCGUAAUCGGACCUCUGCGGAGGAGCAGAUGUGGUUCAACGCCAGCUUGGACUAUCUUCUUCGUUUAUGCUCCAACAUCAAGCUACGUAGAGAAAGAAGUCGAAGCUUUCUAUGCGGACUUGGAGAAGUUCUACAGAGAACAGCAUACCUUCUACAAGGUCAUUGUUUGCGAUUGCAACACCAAAAUUGUCCCCAGAAGGACACCUGAGGAACUUCACAUUGGAACCUACGGCCUAUAA